AUGUCAUCAUUUUGGGACAAUAACAAGGGAACGUUUAAGUCAGUUGGAGUUGCCACUGCGAAAGGAAUUGGCAGAGGGACCAAAGCGGUUGGAAAGGCUGGUUACAAGACCUACAAGAAUCACAAGGGUGAAACAGUCACCGAGAAGGUGGAUGGUGAAGAAGGUGCUGCACCAAGUGUUGCAUUUCAACCCGUUCCAAGGGAGAAUUUGAAGACAUUACCGUUGCCUCCAAAGAGAAAUGUCCCAACCAUGGGGGUACCGGCCAGAGGAGAACCUUCUCCUUACGCUCAGUAUCAGCAACCGGUAGCCCAGCAGCCGGUAGCUCAACAACUAGUGGCUCAGCAGCCAGGUUAUCAGCAACCAGUCGCUCAACAGCCGGGUUAUCAACAACCAGUAGCUCAGCAGCCGAGUUACCAGCAGCCGGGAUACCAGCAGCCAGUGGCUCAACAGCCAGGGUAUCAGCAGCCAGUGGUUCAACAGCCCCCCGUACAACAGCCAGGAUAUCAGCAGACAGUAGCUCAGCCAGGGUAUCAACAGCCUGAAUACCAGCAGCAAGCUCAACCUCAGGGUCAACAAGCCGCUGCACCUCCAGUGUAUCAACCAUCUCUCCCACAGAGAGAGGUACCUACGACACCCACUGCUCAAUCUGUUGGCACACCACCUGCUACUUUGCCGCAAGACCAAGCUCAAACAACACCACAAUCGGGUGGAAUGUCAGGAUUUGCUGCAUCUGCGAUAAAUGGGUACUCAAAAAUGAAUGCUCAACCUGGACAGCAGGCUGUGCAGUUCUCUCCACAGCAGGUCUCGGCUGCAGGGAAGUUGGCAUCGGCAGCAUUCAAUGGAUACCAGCAGCUACAAGGUGGCCAGCAACAAGCUGCACCUCUGCAAGAUCAACAACAACAACAACAACAACAACAACAGCCGGGCCAGUUCUCCUCACAGCAGAUGGCGGUAGCUGGCCAAUUAGCUUCUUCUAUGUUUAACGGAAAUCAGAAUCUUCAACAACAACAACAACCUCAAUCAAUCCAACCUGCUCAGCAACCACUUGUUCCCCAGCCGCCGGCAGAACAACAAGCUCAGCAAACCCAACCUGCUCAACAGCCAUUUGUUCCCUACCAGCCUCUGGCAGAACAGCAAGCUCAACUCACCCAACCUGCACAACAGCCAUUUGUUCCCUAUCUGCCAGAAGCGAAUCAGACUCAGUUACCUCCUCAGCCUCCAGCCAGAACUGUGCCAGCUCUACCACCGGUACAAGCUCAACAAGCUCAGCAAUCUCCGUAUCAACAAUCAAUUCAGCCUCAGCUAGUGCAACCACAACCAGUUCAAGCGGAACCAUUGGAACCUGAGAAACCUGCUAGGACUCCAUUGGUAGACCCUACAACAUUUGCUCCUCCACCUGUUAGACGUGUUGGCCCUACAGGAAGCCCAGCUGCACCACCUACUCCUCAGCGGAGCAAUGUCGCAGCUGUUACUGCUCCGUCAAUUACACCGCAGUCAACUCAGUCAAGCUCUUCUCAAACGACAUUACCACCAACCUCGUCUUCGACAUCAACUCCUGCUGUAGCUGAUGCCCCAAAGACUUCGACUAAAUACAAUGCAAUAGAUAUUACUAAGUUCGGUCCUCCCCCUCCUAAGAUCUAUCGGUCGCCGGAGGAAUCGCUAAAACCGAACAAGAAAAAGAAUGAGACUGUUUCAUUACAUGAUUCAUCCAUUCCACCUCCACCACCUCGUGCAGGUCUGGGGACUCCUCCAAGUUUGUCUCAAGCUGCCCUUCUGUCUCCUCCCCAUCAAAAGCAGACAAGUGCAGUAAAUGACUUAAAGACAGAAGUUAAAAAGGCUGCACCACCAAAACCUGCUAAGUUACAAAAACCUCAAGUUCCAGCUAACCCACCGCCAUAUGAAGAUACUGUACCUUCAAAGGAGAACACACCACCUCCCAUGGCUCCAAGACCAAGUAUCAGCAGUGAAAGUAUCCCAGUUAUGCCAAACUUUGCGGCUGAAAUUGCAGCAAAACAGAGCAAGCCGACUAAACCUGAAAAGCCAGCUAUUCCAGGAAAACCCAAGCCACCAAAACCUGUUAGUUUGCAAUCUAAGAAUGAAAAGGCACCGGAAUCUACUACUAGACCAUCUGUUGGUGUACAUAAGUCUCAAAAUGAAAUUCAUCAAGCUAACAUUGCGGCCUCAUUAGAAAAGAUGCAAUUAGGAAGUCGCACCCCACCAUCUGUUAAACCGAAGCCAAAUCAUUCGAGUACACAUACUCCACCUUCUAUUACACCAAAAGCUUCUCUGGCUACCGAACCUCCAAUAAAGCCGAAGCCAGUAGUGAAGCCUAAACCACCAGUCCCUCACAAACCAUCUGCUGAAAGCUCUAUUCUGUCUAGCCAUUUGAAGCUGCAAACGGAAGUUUCACCACCCCCUCAGGAGCAACAUGUUAAUCUUCUUCAGGAGCAGCGAGUUGCUUCACCGGUACCUCCUCCUCCUCCAUCGAGGAAUUAUCGCAGAACUGCAAUGACGCUUCCACCCAAGGAGGAAGAGCCUUCAGAGCUUGACUUAGAACUUCAAACCGGCUGGUUUGCUAAUACUACAGGAGCACCUUUGCAAAUUCCUAAGGCACUCCAAGGGUUAGACAAUGCAUCUUCACUUCAGCAAUCCUCUACUGGGACUUCUACUAGUUAUGAAAGGAAGUACAGAGUGAGAAACAAAGAUUUAGCACUUACUACGUAUACUAUUAAGUGGAAGGAUAAUGAUAUCGCCAAUGCUACAUUGUGCGUUGAAAAGGUCCUUCCGAGUCCACUCAAAGCCCAACCUGCUCCCCUGAAAAUGGAAUUAGUAAAUGCCCAUCAACAAUUUGGGGAGUAUGUGGCAGGAUGGUGUGAGCACCAUUAUGGCCAACAGGUGGGAAGGGGAGAAUGUUGGGAUCUUGCUCACGAUGCGCUUGAGAAGGGCUGUGGAAAGCACGCAUUUGUUUCUACAUACUAUCAUCAUGGUUAUCCUAUAUUACAAUUAGAUGAUGGUCUGGUGACUAGCGGGCCCCAUGAUGACAUCAAAAGAGGUGAUAUUUUACAAUUUAAAAGUUGCAUUUUUGUUGAUGCAGCUUUGGGUCAAACUAAAACCGUUGGUAUGCCUGAUCAUACAUCAGUUGUGCUCUCCAAUGAUGGAAAUUCUAUACUUGUAGCAGAGCAAAAUGUGAAUAACGUGAGGACAGUAGUCCAAGGGACAUAUAAUCUUCGUCAUAUGACUAAGGGUCAAGUCACGGCUUAUAGACCCAUGCCAAAAGCAUGGGCAGGUAGUUUAUAG